AAGAAGAAGAAACUUGGCGGAAAAGCGCUCAGAUUUGAGUCGAAAAGCCGCAGCCUUUCCCCGGCGCUGGGUCAAACAGAGCGGGUCGAUUAUGUGGUCGGUAGACUGAGUAACGACGCAAAGAUGCAUCAGUGGGAUUUGUCUCCGUUCUCUGUGACUCCGGCUGCGAGUUUGCUGUCCAGAUGCGUCUCUGUGGGAGCCGCCUCCCAGGAUGAAAUCGACUCAGCCUUUUCUGAGCCGAGUCCCGUUUUCUCGGCCCGCCUGCGUGAGGCAGAAGAGCUCAUCAGAAAGCAGAAGCGGCUGGAUGAGGUGCAGCUGCAGUUGGAGCUGUUGAAGGUGGAUGAACAAAGUGCUGGCGUCGCCCAUGGAUUCCACCUCAGUCAGAAGAAUGAGAAGCUGCAGUUGCUUGGUAACCACCUCCUGGGCAUCCUGAGGGAGCACAAGGUUCUAAGACAGAGGCUGAUGCGGCCGCUUGCUCGGACCAACCUGCCCGUCCUGGCUCACCUGCAUGCCUCUGUGGUGGACUCCAUCAGGCUGAUGAUGGACUUCAUAGAGUGUCUGGAGGAGAAGCUGAGAUCUACCCACAACCGAACCACCAGCACCAACUCUCUCGCCCUGCUGGAUAACUCGCUCACCCUCCUGCUGACUAUGGCUUCAGAGUCUGAGAUGUUGUUCCAGAGGAUUCAGCAGUGGAGGUCGAUCAGGUGCAGCCGCCCAGGAGCGUUUGAGGCACAGACUAGUUCUGAGCUGGCUGCUUCCUGAGGACUCUGUGGAGCCCCCUCUGAUGAAAACCAGCCGGAAUGAACCAGAAUAGCUUCCUUAAUUCCAACUGGACCUCAGUGUCCUCUUUCUCAUACUAUUGUAACCCAGACUCUUCAGAUUUAAAUAAAGCACGCUUGAGUUACACAUAAGAAAA